CCCCCCUCCUCCUCGGCUCCUCCCCGUGCUCCGUCCCGGGGUUCGGAUCCAAAAUUGCAAGCGCCCCAGCCCCCAAUCGAGCUCGCUCGCGCGCGGAACCCUCGCCGGCGAUGGCGUCCGCCCUCCUCGCCGGCCGGAGCGGGGCGCACCACCACAGCUGGGGAGAGGGGCGCGCCCCGCUCGCGCCCAUUCCCCCCAACCCUAGCCCCAACCACCCCCCGCACCCCCCGCGCGGCGACGGGCCGAAGGCGCGGGCGGCGGCGGCGGCCUCGCCGGCGGCCGGCUACGUCACCUUCCGCCCGGGGUCCCUGGGCCACCGCGAGGCCCGCGCGCUCCGGGACCGCCUCGCCGGCGAGCUCGGCCAGGUCCGCGCCCUCCUCUCCCGCAUCGAUACGUGGCAGGUGCGGCAGCAGGGCCACCCGCCGCGCCGGGAGCUUCUCCCCGCGCCUCCCGCGAAGCUCUGGGGCGCGAUGCGAAAGCGGUGCGGGCAGAUCCUCACCAAGCUGCGCAAGGACAAGCGGAGCGUGUGGUUCAACGCGCCCGUGGAGGUGGAGCGCCUCGGCCUCCACGAUUACCACACCGUCAUCAAGAGCCCCAUGGACCUCGGCACCGUCAAGGAGAACCUCGCCGCCGGGAGGUACGCCUCGCACGACGCCUUCGCGGGCGACGUCCGCCUCACCUUCUCCAACGCGCUCCGGUACAACCCGGUCGGGCACGAGGUCCACACGUUCGCUGGCGCCCUCCUCGCGUCCUUCGAGAAGAUGUACAAAGCGGCGGUCGAUUGGUUCGAGGAAGAGUGCAAGCGCCUUGAGCCGCCAAAGCCAGUGCCAGCCGAAUUGCCACCUCCACCGACUGUUGAGGCGAAGGUGAAGCCGAGGACUGGGAACGUGAAGAUGCGGAAGCCGAAGGCGAGGGAGCCUAACAAGAGGGAGAUGAGCCUGGAGGAGAAGAACUUGCUGAGGCUGGGGCUCGAGAGCUUGCCUGAAGAGAAGAUGCAUAAUGUGCUGCAGAUUGUGCGCAAGAGGAACAGCAAUCAAGAGAUGCUUGGGGAUGAGAUUGAGCUGGAUAUUGAUGAGAUGGAUGUUGAGACACAGUGGGAGCUUGAUCGAUUCGUCACCAACUUCAACAAGGCCCUCAAGAAGAGUAAGCGAGCUGCAAUGGUGAAUGGAGGCACUGCUGAUGUCGCAAGUGCUGCUGGGGCUGAGGAUGACAUUGCACCAGUGAAUGGUGUGGCUACAUUGGUUGGCAAUGAUGAUGCGGAGAGUGAGAACCCUACGAAGACCACUACAUUGGCCGAGCAAGUUGAUGAGUAUGUAGAUAUUGGGGAUGAGAUGCCAACAGCCACUUACCAGUCAAUGGAGAUCGAGAAGGAUGCUGAAGUUGCAAGUGGCUCUGGUGCUUCUGGCAGUGGAUCCUCAUCAUCCAGUGGUUCAGAUUCAGGGAGCUCAGGGGACAGUGCCUCAGGAGCUGGGAAUGCUCACUCUUUGGCUUAGGGGAGGUCGUUGUAACCAUAGGAUUAAGGGUUGGAUAGUGUGAGUUCUUGUUCUUGGGUGAUUUGAGUAGAGUUAGAGGAAUUGCAGGUAUUCUGUAAGCUGUUUUUCUGAGAUGUGGGUGUCUGCUUCGUUUUAGUAGUUAACAUAGUUAGUAGAUAAUAGAUGGGCUUUGUGAGUAUCUGAUAGCACAGAUGGAGACAUGUAUAUAUAAGUUGCAGGCGGAAGCCGGAAGGUACUGGGGCGUUUAUAGUAGUUGAUUAAUGAAGGUGGCUAGGCCUAGUGUCUGUGUUCUUUGUAGUAGUACAGUUGUUCCGGUGCAGCUCUUUUAUGUAGUUGAUUAUCAACGAGUUGUGCAUGACAUUAAGUGUGGUAUUAAAGUUAACAAUGCAGUAUCUUUGUUUGGUGAUGGCUAUUGAUGAAUUUAUUUAUCAUUUUGGAUA